AUGCUGAGGUUAGUCGGCAAGGAUACAUCCGAUGCGGCAACACAAGAUCAACCAGACCAUAUUGUGUCGUAUGCUGCGCAUCUAGAUGUUAAAGUAUUACAAGGUGCGCGUAUCGGUGUAGUACUUAAUUUUCGUGGAGGAAAUCCAGAUGUCGAUCGGGUUCAUGACGAAAGUGUAGAAUGUUUGAAAACUAAUGGGGCACAAAUGAUCCCAAUACAAUUACCACAGAUUUAUGAGCGUCUAUGGCAAGAAGUUCUAGAGCCUGUGUUGGAGGCAGAGUUCAAGGAUCAAUUCGAACGUUAUCUAUCGACUUUGGGUCCGAAACAACCUCAUACUCUGGCUGAGUUCAUUCAACGCAACGAAUCACAACCGAUUAAUCCUGAACGUUUAACCAUGCUUAAAACUAACCUAACGACUCCAUUAUUCAAUUCACCAAAAUACGCACGCAUUUUAUCGGUUGUCAUUCCACAGCUACGAGCAGAUUUACAAUCUAUUAUUAAGUCGCAACAUUUGAAUGCAUUGAUGAUGCCCACCAUCUGUUGUCCAGCUUCGUCUCGGUUCGAUCAGCAACCAGAUCCGACCUAUGUAUGUCAUAUGGAUGAUCCUGAUAUACCGAAGUAUAUUGCUGGCGCGAUGGGCUUUCCACAGAUUACUGUACCAGCGGGUAUUGCUACAGGUGAUCUGCCUGUGGGACAAACUACACAAUUACCUAAUUAUUCUUGUAGUGAAAAUAAUGCUUCUAUUCAGUUUAUAUUGUCUUCAUCAUCUCAUUCAGCAUGGAAUUCAACAUCAAAUUGUUCUUUACAACAAUGCAAUAUAAGCUCGAAUGGUAACAAUAGUUGUCUUUUAUCAUCAACACCUUGUUUUGAUUAUCGAACAAUAAAUAAUAUAAGUUAUUGUGCACCUGGUGUUUUAUGUUCGAUAUUAGAAACAUGUAAUAAUAUUACACAAACAUGUUCAUCAAAUAAUUCAAUAUGUAUCGUUAAUUCAUGUUGCUCACCACAAGCAGUGUGUUUACCAUUCUCAGCAAUACAAAUAUGUGAAAGAGGAUGGUUUUCUACUGGCAAUAUGGCUAAUGCACGAUAUCGACACACAGAAUCUGUAUUAUCAAAUGGGAAAGUAUUAGUUACUGGUGGAUUUAAUGGCACUAGUGCUUUAAAUAAUGCUGAAUUGUAUGAUCCAACAACAGGUACUUGGACGGCUACUGGUAACAUGGCGAAUGCACGAGAUUGGCACACAGCAUCAGUAUUAUUAAAUGGAAAAGUAUUAGUUAAUGGUGGAUUUGGUAUUACUGGUUAUUUAAAUAGUGCUGAAUUGUAUGAUCCACCAACAGGCACUUGGACAAGUACUGGUAACAUGAGUAUUGCUCGAUAUAAGCACACAGCAUCUGUAUUAUCGAAUGGAAAAGUAUUAGUUACUGCUGGAUUCAAUACUAAUAUUGGUUAUUUACAUAGUGCUGAAUUGUAUGAUUUAUCAACAGGAACUUGGACAACUACUAGUAACAUGGCUAAUAAACGACAAGAACACACAGCAUCUGUAUUAUCAAAUGGAAAAGUAUUAGUUAUUAGUGGGUACAAUGGCACUAGUGCUUUAGGUAGUGCAGAACUAUAUUAA